UCGCUGCUUACUUGUGGUGUUAGUUAGUUUGUCUGAACUGAAUCUGCCGAUGCAUUAUCUGAACCCACUUUCAUGUCUCUCUACACAUGGUCAUACAAUAAUUCCCUUGGUUGAAUUCUGAUUAAACAAUUGCCUACUUUGUUUGGUUUGAUUGGGAUACCCUCAUGGAUAAAAGGUAUUAUUUUAUUGAUUGGAGCACUCUGUUUGUAAAAUGACACUCUCUUGUGUUCCUACUCCACAGCUGUAUUCCAACACCCCUUCAGACUUUCAUUUCAAGCUUGAAAGUCUAGCACAAGAAUUCGGCUCCCUGUGUGAAUUCGUGGAGCAUCUUGCUGCCAACGUUGACAUUGUCUUCCCAGUGAUACAUGGGAAAUUUGGUGAAGAUGGUGGUAUUCAGGUAUUAGUGCACUUGAUUUGGCACGGAACUGGCAUGUAAUGCUGACUGUGUCUUGGUUCUUUUAUAAGAAUCCCACAUUGCUGCUGCUUUCUGUUGAUGAUGAGACGCUAACACCUACCAAA